AUGUCUCUCGCCUAUCCUCCUCUGGAGGAUCGUCCUCUCAAGGACACCAUCUGCCUCUUCGAUGUGGACAACACUCUGACGCCUGCCAGAAGGCCCGUCAGCCCGGAGAUGCUCAACCUCCUAGCCCGCCUCCGCCAGAAGUGUACUAUCGGCUACGUCGGCGGCAGCGACCUGAGCAAGCAGCAGGAGCAGCUCGGCACCGCCGACGUGCCAGUCCAGAGCCUGUUCGACUACUGCUUCCCGGAGAACGGCCUAACGGCUUUCAAGAACGGCGCCCAGCUGCCCAGCAACAGCUUCAUCAAGUGGAUCGGCGAGGAGCAGUACAAGGAGCUCGUCCGCUUCAUCCUGCACUACAUUGCCGACCUCGACAUCCCCAUCAAGCGCGGCACCUUCAUCGAGUUCCGCAACGGCAUGAUCAACGUGUCGCCCAUUGGCCGUAACGCCAGCAUCGAGGAGCGCGAUGAGUACCAGAAGUAUGACCUGGAGCACAAGAUCCGGGAGACGUUCGUCGAGAAGCUGCGGGAGCGCUUCUCCCACCUUGCUCUGACAUACUCGAUCGGCGGCCAGAUCUCCUUCGACGUCUUCCCGACCGGCUGGGACAAGACCUACUGCCUGUCGCACCUCGAGAACGAGGCCAAGAAGCCCAACGGCAUCACCUACACCACGAUCCACUUCUUCGGCGACAAGACCGAAAAGGGCGGCAACGACUACGAGAUCUACAGCGACUCCCGCACCAUCGGCCACUCGUGGUCCGACCCCGAAGACGACGACGACGACGACGGCGGUGCCCGGAGCGGCGCGCACACCUCGGGCGAGGACGCGGACGUGGAGGAGCUUGCUGAGAAAGAUGGUGACAACGAGGAUGGUGUGGAUGGAGGCGUUGGUUUUAGCUCGGAAGAAGAAAAUGCUCCUGCCGCUGCUGCUGCUGGUGACGAUGAUGGACUUGAUAACGACAUACAUCUCCUCCCUCCCCCUCUACCGGCAGGAGCUGGCAUCAAGUCAGAGCGAGUCUCUCCUGUUGACACACCCACUACAAUUAACGAUCCCUAUUAUUUUGUCAUCGGCAAGCAGGCACCGGCAGCAUAG